GACUGACCACCUCAGAACCAACACAUCCUCUUCAAAUAAUAAUGUGUACAGGACACUUUGAGAUAAAAACGCGCACGUAACGACGAAUCGCCGUUUGCUAUUUCGAGAGACACAAACUCGAGGUUUUAGGUAACCUGCAUCAUGAGUCAAAUACACUUCUAAAUCCGGGAAUUAUCAUCCGCCGGGGAUGUCACGUUCACGGUCUUUGGCCAUAGUGCUAGCAUGAACGCGUCACAUCCAGCCGCUCAGUGUCAGCUUCUCGGAACACCUUUUGCCUUCCUGUCCUCGGAACACUGUGGCAAGCCUUUGAGAGGAGAGGGAAAGCCGCAAGUGGAUAUCAGAAUGUAUUUCAUCUCCGUUUAGCAAUGGAAGCUGCUGGAAUCGGUGAAGGAGCAGUGGAUACGCGUGGAUAUCACUGGACACCGAAUAAGCGUUUUCUCGAAAGAAUUAUCGGCGUUGCCUUCUCGGUUACUUUUACAAUGUCACAAUCAAGGAGAUCCUCCUGAGGCUUCAAGUAUGCACGGACAUUGGCGAUUUUGACUGAUGUGCCAUUGUAGGCACAACAUUUACCAGUUUUUAUCCAUCACUGUGAAUCAUUUAUCCUAAUACCUGCUCCCUGCUCCCACUGAAAUAUUGACAGAACCAAAUGCAUUUCAUAGAGCAUCAAAUAAAAAUUCGUUACCCGGUGUCAGUGGUGUCUCAACCAGAUUUGCGCUGAAUCCUGGUGCGGAACCGCGGGAACUGAGUUCCGACAAGCUGCAUCUCGCCUUGGGAAGAACCUGUCACCAUCGAAGUGGAUAUGUUGACAUUAACGUGAAGAUGGGUUUAGUUUUCGGUCUCUUGUGGCUGUUCAACAUCUUUUUGGAGGGCAUUCAUUGCCAAGGAGUGUAUGCACCUCCUACAGUCCGAAUCAUCCACUCUGGCCACGCAUGCAACAUCGAGGAGGAGCGCUAUACCGAGCGCGUCUACACCAUCCGGGAGGGAGAGACCCUGGAGCUAGCUUGUCUGGUCUCGGGCCACCCUCGACCUCAGAUCCGAUGGACCAAAACAGCCGGUAGCGCCUCGGACCGCUUCCAGGACUCCAGUGUGUUCAACGAGACCCUGCGCAUCACCCGCAUCCAGAGGCACCAGGGCGGACGCUACUACUGCAAGGCUGAGAACGGCCUGGGAUCCCCGGCCAUCAAGUCCAUCCGAGUGGACGUCUACUAUUUGGAUGAUCCCAUCGUAACCGUCCACCAGAGCAUCGGGGAGGCUAAGGAGCAGUUCUACUACGAGAGGACGGUGUUCCUGCGCUGCAUGGCUAACUCCAACCCGCCAGUGCGCUACAGCUGGAGGCGUGGCCGAGAGUUCCUGUCCCAAGGCUCGGAUAAGGGCGUUGAGAUCUACGAGCCCUUCUUCACACAAGGGGAGACCAAGAUUCUAAAGCUGAAGAACCUUCGACCUCAGGAUUACGCCAACUACAGCUGCAUCGCCUCGGUCCGGAGUGUGUGCGGCAUUGCCGACAAGAAUGUCCUCUUCAAACUCUCCAACAAAACAGCAUCCCCCACCAUUAAGCUGCUGGUGGAGGACCCCAUCGUGGUGAACCCUGGGCAGACCGUGACCCUGGUGUGCGUGACCUCCGGCGGUGACCCCACGCCCACACUCACCUGGGUGCACAACACUGACGAGCUGCCCAAGAAGAGCGUCCUUAAUGGAGGGACCCUCACGCUGCCCGCCAUCUCCACAGAGGAAGCAGGCGUCUACAGCUGUGUGGCCAGCAACAACGUGGGAAACCCGGCUAAGAAGUCUACCACCAUUGUGGUCCGAGGGCUAAAGAAGGGGCGCUUCUGGAUCACGCCCGACCCGUACCACAACGAUGACAACAUCCAGAUUGGCCGUGAGGUCAAGAUCUCCUGCCAGGUGGAGGCCACGCCGCCAGAGGAGCUCCUGUUCAGCUGGCUGAAGAAUGGACGGCCGCUGCGCAGCUCAGAGCGUAUGGUCAUCACCCACACCGACCCGGACGUCCAGACAGGCACCACCAACCUGGACAUCAUCGACCUCAAGUUCACUGACUUCGGCACGUACACCUGUGUGGCAGUGCUGAAGAACGGCGGCAUCCCCGAGAUCAGCAUCGACGUCAAUAUCUCUUCGACCACAGUCCCUCCGGAGUUAACGGUGCCACGGGGCAAGUCCCCCUUGGUGGUCCAGGAGGGUGACACGGUGGAGCUCCAGUGCCUGGUCUCGGGGAAGCCCAAGCCUAUCAUCCUCUGGUCGAGGGCCGACAAGGAGGUGCCCAUGCCCGACGGCGGCCUUCAGACAGAGAGCUACGACGGCGCACUGCGCAUCGUUAACGUGUCCCGUGAGAUGACGGGAACCUACCGCUGCGCCACCAGCCAGUACAACGGCUUCAACGUCAAGCCCCGGGAAGCCCUAGUGGAGCUCACUGUUCAGUAUCCGCCGGCGGUGGAGCCGCUGUUCACAGAGAUCCGCCAGGGUUUGGGUCGUGCCUUCACCCUCAACUGCCGCAUGCUGCGGGCCCACCCGUCCAAGGUGCUGAAAUACGAGUGGAAGCUGGGCACCCGGCUGCUGACCGUGGGCCAGUUGGACCAGAGCGACGAGACGGACUACCACGUCAGAGCCCUCAACAGGGAGGGCUACGGGGAGUACACCUGUGAAGUGACCAACGAGGCCGGGGCGGGCGCCUGCAGGUUCUUAGUCACAGGGAGGGCCUAUGCCCCAGAGUUCUACUAUGACACCUACAGUGCAUUGUGGCAGAACCGGCCCAGGGUCUAUGGCUUCAAGCUACAGUGGACCCAGCAGAACCCGCUGUCUGUGGACCGCAUCGUGGCCUACCGACUGGGUAUCAAACAGACGGGCCAGUCGAGGUGGUGGGAGCAGGAGAUCCCCAUGGAGGGAGCGAUCGCCAAGGGCGAGCUGAUCACCCACAACCUGACGGAGCUCAUCAAGCCUGAGGCCUACCUGGUCCGACUCACCCCCAUCACACGCUUCGGAGAGGGAGACUCCACAGACAGAAUCAUCAGAUACAGUGCUCCAGUCAACCCUCACUUGAGAGAGUUCCAGUGCAGCUUUGAGGACGAGGCCGUGUGUAUGUUCACCCAGGACAAGACGGAGGACUUUGACUGGACCCGACACAGCGCCGCCACCAGAAACACCAAGUAUACGCCCAACACCGGGCCCAGCAGUGACCGAGUCGGCUCCAAGCAAGGUUUCUACAUGUACAUCGAGACGUCUCGACCGCGCCUGGAGGGAGAAAAGGCCCGACUGUUGACCCCCACUUUCAACGUCGCCCCCAAAAGCCCCUAUGGGACUGUGACGUCCUCUCCAACCUAUUGCUUUGGCUUCUACUACCAUAUGUAUGGGAAACACAUAGGGGCGUUGAAGGCGUACUUACGGCAGAAGGGCCAGUCAGGCGCAGACAGUUCCGUGUGGACCCUGGUCGGGAACCAAGGGGACCGAUGGAAGCAAGCCAAAGUCAACAUUCACCCAACAGCCUCUUUCCAGUUGGUUCUGGAAGGAAUUCGUGGUCCCGGUAUAGAAGGGGAUAUCGCCAUAGAUGAUGUCACCAUUGAGGAAGGAGAAUGUAAAGACCCUCCACCCAACAAUCUGAGGUCACUGGCUCCUCCCACCGCGCACCAUAUAUGGCAGUUAUUGGUCACACUGACCCUGAUGUUUGUGGGUCAUCAGAGGUGACGCCUCUCUCCCAGGAGGAGCAACCUGAUGCCGGCCCCACCCCUGUGGAAGAAUCUGCAGCCUUUCACUGUCUAAACCCCCAAAACGACCAAAGAUUCAGUCUUCAGGAGAGCAGCAGCAGUCCAGCGCUGGUCCAGGUUGGAGCAGGAAACAAAAAAACUCUGUCAAUCUGGAUUUUUCUGAAAUAUGCACAGAGAACAUUUCAAGGUCAGGACUCCAGGGUCAGUAUGGAGAGCCGGGUUCUCCAUAGUAGACGCUGCUGUAGUACGGGCUCCACUUCAUAUUUUCUCUCCCCAAGGUGAAGCCAGCGAGGCAGAGUGUGGGUGCCGUCAUUGUGUAUAUUGGCUCGAGGAUUCGGAACGGAAUAGUACAUUUCUGUAAAGCACAAGGACGCAUGUUGUGGUCCCAUUUCUUUCUUUCCAUUUUCAUAUGUGGUUUUGUUUGCUGCUUGUCAAGCCCAAGGAAUUAUGAUAAUUGAUUGCUUAAUGAGAUGGGUGUAGAAGAGGUUGAUUUUAUGUUAAGAGUAUAAAUGUACGAAAUUCGCUCAACAACCCACACUGACCCGAAGCUAUUUUCUCAUGAAUAUGUUAGAGACUGCUAUUCCUCUUGCGUUGUCGCUUUCACCCCUUUUAAAACUCAAAGGCUGCCUGGGGUCGGAUUCAUCAAAAUGUGGAUAAACAAACACAUGUGCGUACCUUCUACCCAGAGGCUAAACUUUGACUGCUUAGUGCGUUAUAUGCAUAUCUGUAAGUUAAUUAAUCACAAUUAUUCCUUUGUGUGUUUUCUUUUAGUUUUUACCUUUGAGGUUGCUUAAUGUUGGUUUCAUUAAAAAGUGCGUACACUUGUUAGAUAGGUUACUCUAUUAUGCAGUGGCUGAACUAUGGUGCAUUGUAUGCCUGGUGGAACCAACCUCUGGACUCCUCGUAGUCAACUCUAUGUGAUCGAGACCUUAGAUCCUUUCGAAGUACUGUAGCGGCUUCUCUGUGUCCCAGCUGCCCUUAACUUCCAGAAUGUGAUUUAAUGAACAGUGACAUGACAUAUCUCUUCCGUUAUCUAAAAGGGAUUGAUGAGGGAUUAUAAAACUGAAGUACUCUAGCUUGUAUUAACAAUGGUAAUUGCAAUCCAGUCAUUUGAAUGAAAAGGUUAACUUUUAUCCUCAUCUCCUUGUUUUUCACUUUCCAUUACCUAGCUUCUCGAUUGGAGCCUGCUUUCUCCGUUCACCUCCUGACCAAUCACGAAUCGGUCAGGUCACGUGUGACGCUUAAAGACCAGGGCCCAGUUUCCCAAAAGCAUCUCAAGGCUAAAUUCAUCGUUAGAACCUUCGUAGGAGCAUGGUUAAA